GAGUACUUCCCUUCGUUCUCUGUUGGGCAUGAAGAAACAUUGCAAUCAGUGGGAUCUAACAACCUCCGUUCAGGUAUUGUUGUUAUUAACUCCUCAGAUCAUCUACGCACGUCCUUAACAUUCUUCCCUCUGUAUAUCAUUUAUUAGGCGGGAAUCACUUGCAUGAUAUUCGAUAACGGAAACCGCGGCACCUUCCUAGAUAAAGACAGGCAUAUCCGUUUUGGGGUCCAAAUCCUGGACUCGCCGCCAUCAUCCUGGGGGUGGUACGACCAAUGCCAAUAUAGAACAGGCCGCAAUUUCUGCCAACAAUUACCAACAUUAUACACUACGUUCUAUCAAUUUCACAUCGCCACCCAUCACAUCAAAGUAUAAGGAAAUUCAAGAUCCUCACCUUGAUUUUGCUAACUCUUUCUGUCCCUGAACGCCAUUUGGUCCCGGGUGUGCGCAUACUUCGAGGUGACCGGAUGCAAUAAAUCAGUGGUUGCAGGUGAUAAGGUGACAGAUUUACUCCACCUGCAGGAACAUUGUGGACCUUGGCAUACUAAUUAUCGGGCAUUCCCCACACCGAUAAUCUUGUGAUAUUUCAAUAUAUCUUGCCCUCCAAGGCUUUACCCGGAGGACUGUAUAGACUUGUCGUGUCUCGCUUUCGUGGAGAUCUAUCUUAACGUUUCAUCAUUACUAUCACCCGUUCAAAACUUCUGCGUCUCUUGAGAAGUCUGGAAUUUCUCUUCAGGUAGCAAAUUCAACAUCUUUGAGACGCACCGACUUAGAUAAAUAACAUUACACUUUGCAAGACUCGAUGUUCGUCAUAUAUGCUAGAUUCAUCGAUUUGGGGUCUCGACCGUUUUGAAUUUGAUCUGUCAAGUCCUUUGAACAUACGCUGCUCGGACAAGUGUAGGUCGACAUAUAUCGAGUCUGAAGUGGAUAUUCUCGAUACAAGUCACCUAUUAUCUCGAUUUCUCUGGGAAACUUGAUCUACCUCCAGAUCUACAAUGGUUGAUCUUACAUCACAGGGAGUAUCUGCUGUAGGCGCUGCGUCUCAGGCCGUUCAGAGUCUCGCAAAACGGAUUUACAUCCCAUUCACGGCUACUAGCCCUCCUGGCUUGAUCGCAGCUAAUACGCUGGACCCAUGGAAUAAAGCUGGGAAGUACGCGCUGGCAUGGACUUACUUUCCAGUGGUUAUAGUCUGUCUAGUCGCAAUAACUAGAGCAUAUCAUCUUUGGACCGACAAGCUGCGACAAGCAUACCACAAAAAUGAGGUUGAGAAACAAUUGGUACGCUACUAUCAACAACAGCAAGAUGAAUAUACUAUGACGAAUAUUCACACUGGGGAAUCAGAACAGCAAUUCUUUCCUGCAACGACUCUUGACGAGAAGCCAUAUAUUGCUGUCACAAAAGGGUCGCAUUGGUCAUCAAUACCAUUGAUAAAUGACACAUUAGCAUUGUUUAGAUGGGUGUUCUAUCGUCCAAUUCCAGAACUCCGAUACAAGAAAAAGCUUGUCACUGCAUUCCCAUCCUUGGCGGUUGUCGCCUUGCUGAUAAUUGGCCUUAUUUUUGUAACACUCCAGUGUUUCUUACCCCAACCUCUCUAUUGGGAAAGCAUUCGCUAUGGAUCUCCCCCACUGGCUAUCAGAGCAGGCAUGAUGUCUGUGGCGAUGACCCCAUGGUUAAUCCUCACAGCCAUGAAGUCCAAUCUAAUCUCAUGGAUAACAGGAAUAGGCCAUGAUCGGCUUGGCGUCUUUCAUCGAUGGGGAGGCUACUUGUGUCUUUUCUUGGCUCUUGUGCACACGAUUCCCUUUUACAUACAACCUGUAUGGGAUGAUGGAGGAAUGACAGUUUUCGGAAAACUUUUCCCAGCCAGCCGUGGCAUUAUCUAUGGAACUGGAAUCGCUUGCCUGGUACCACUCGGAUGGCUCGUUAUUGGAUCCUUACCAAUCGUCCGAAGGCUCGCAUAUGAACUAUUUGUAGUUCUCCACAUCCCCGCAGCGGUAGUUUAUGUGGCCAUGCUGUUUUGGCAUACCAAUAACUAUCUUACUUCCUGGAACUACCUUUAUGCAACUGUUGCAAUUUGGGCUCUAGCUUAUCUUACACGUGUCGGUAAUUUGAACUGGGCAAAACCAUGGAGGAAUUCAUUUUUGAUUGGCGAUGAGGCUGCUAUCACGCUGAUGGCUGAGAACGCAAUUAAGGUGACCGUUCCAACACAAAUGACAUGGAGACCCGGUCAAUACAUCUAUCUCCGAAUGCCCGGAAUUUCUGUAUUUGAAAACCAUCCCUUUACUAUCUCUUCUCUUUGCAGUGAAGACUUCCCAUCCGAGUAUGGCGAGCAAUACAGAGAUUGUACUAUGGUAUUCAGACCAUUUGGGGGGUUUACUAAGAAAGUUCUCGAAACUGCUACUCACAAUGGCCCCUUCAAAACAUAUCGUGCUUACCUGGACGGGCCAUACGGCGGUAUGCAACGAGAACUUGCCGCAUUCGACACUGUCAUUCUGUUCGCUGGUGGGAGUGGUAUCACGGCAAUUGUUUCACAAUUACUAAAUUUAAUCAAAAGGAUGAGGGAUGGUAAGGCAGUCACUCAAAAGAUUGAAGUUGUGUGGGCAUUAAAGAGACUAGAAUCUAUGGAUUGGUUCAGAGAGGAGCUUAGAAUUUGCCGGGAAUAUGCACCUCCUGACACUAUCAAUUGUCAAUUUUUUGUAACGACUGCAAAGCGAUACUCAAAGAUAGACGUUGCCGGACGAGCUCAAAGACCACUAAGCACAGCAUUCCACGACAAAUUAGACGGUUUUGUGGCGGGUAUCGCGUCUAAAAGAAACUCGGCUCUCAUUCGUGAUGAAGCUCAAGGCAAUGAAGAAAGAGAAAGAGAGUUAAGAAGGGAGGAUGAAGAUGCUAUAACAUCAUUACCACACUCGAAACAUUUACAGCCAAGAGUACACCCUAAUGUACAAACUUCAUUUCCACCACCACCCACGACGGAGUCUAAGUCAAAAAACUCAGAAAAAAGACGUUCUCUUUUAGCAGCGCUCUCUCCAGAUUCUCACGAGGCCACUCGAAAAUUCUUGUCGCCACUAGGGUUGGCCACAAAACCACAAAGCGAUUCUAAAGAAUCAUUCCAUUUCCCAGUACCUCCACAACAGCUAGAUGCCCCUCAUUUUCAAUACGCUCCGCCCUCUGCGAAUCCCAACCGAGCUAGCUUUGUUCCUGAUACAGCACGCAAUAGUUACAAUCCUCAGGACCAUAUUGACGAUCCAGCAGAAGCAUAUAAUGCCGAGAUGCAAUCCUCAGAGGAAGGUCAACUCUCAGAUCAAUUCGCACCUCGAGAAUUUGCAUCUACACCGCCAGCAAAAGACCUGCCGAAGUUGUCAAGCGAGGUAGAAACUACGCCUUCUUUGAAGCCUCCACAACCCGCCCAUUUGCGGCAGAAGUCUGAGGAACUAAAGCUUCAAAUUCCAGAGUCAAAUUUUCAACAUAGCAUCCCAGAUCCAACCUUUGACUUCGGCUUCCCAUCAACACCUACCUUGUUCCAGAAGAAUCUGAUGCGUUUUGCUUUUGUUGCACCUAAGAAAAAGGAGGGUUGGACUACUGAAUAUGGUCGACCUGAUCUAGGAUACAUGUUGAAAGAGAUGGCUACCGGGGGACCUGACGGGCAUGGUAUCUUUGGGAGGAGAACAUGCGUUUUCGUUUGCGGUCCCCCUGAAAUGCGCAUCAAUGUAGCAACUACGGUGGCUAAGCUGCAAGCGGAUAUCUGGGGCGAUGACAGUAAAGACGAAAUUUUCUUACAUACGGAGAAUUAUGCCAUUUGAUUUGAUCCUGAUUGUGGGCAGGUUGAUUGUACGGAACGGACGAUCAUACGAUCAAUAUAUUUUUAACGGACGGCGGUGUUUGGGUCAACGGGAGAGGGCCAGAAUCCCAAUACAUCUUAUACCAAUGGCAUCAAGGCGGGCAUUUGUGGGCAUCUCUGCUUGGAGUGCACACGCAACUAUUAUUUGUAAUCUAUCACAGGCUCAUCAGUCGGCACUGUUUAUAAUCUCAAACAAUUAAUGAUCACAAACAACACA